AUGGGCUCUCCGAUCUCAGGUUUCAUAGCGGAAUUGGUCCUACAAGAUCCUAAAAAGAUUGCCGUCAGCCAACAGCCCCCUGUCAUUUGGUUCCGUUGCCUUGGCGACAGGCGACGUGUACGUGUUUGUCCACCGAUAUGGCAUGCGGUGUCAUGUAUCAAGGAUGUAUCGGAAGCGACCGAACGCAUUGCUGCAGGCCUAGGCGUUGCAAUUGCAAACCGUGUCAAGCCUACCAUGCGCAGCCUAAUUAUGCGAAUCAAGGACCGUUUAAAUCCCUGUGAACAGUCAGGCGUCGUGUAUCGCACAACAAGUCAAAAUUGUUCCCGUAAGUACAUACGACAGACAGGUAGUAUUCUCGGUUCGCACAUACGCGAACAUAAGCGGGCGGUACAACGGGGUGACGAAUCAUCUCAAGUGGCCGCCCAUACCUACAACAGCGGUCACGAAUUUAAUUACGUGGCUGCGAGGGUAAUCGCGCACGUUGGCAACAAAACAGGCCGCGAAUUAGUCGAAGCCUGGGUGUCAGAUGAGAACUCAUUCAAUCGAUUUAUCGAUCUGGCACCGGCAAACAUUGCGCUGCGCGGGCAUCUCUGGAAGGAUGGCACUAUCAUUUGA